AUGGGCAGUGCCACCCUUGUCAUCAUCCUUAGAGCCCAGGCCCAUGGGGUGACAGCCACAGAUGCAGACAGCGGCCCGUUUGGCUCCCUCUCCUACUCCAUCGGUUCUGGCAUUGGCAGCGUUGUCCCCACGCAGUUCAGCAUUGAUGAGAACACAGGGCAGCUGUGCACUGUGCAGCCUCUGGACCGUGAUGAGGGCACAUCUGCCUACGACUUCACUAUCACUGCUGUUGACGGGGGCGGUCUGAACUCCAUGGUGUAUGUGAAGGUUUUCCUGGAGGAUGUAAACGACAACCGGCCAGUGUUUUACCCACUGGAGUAUGCUGUCAGCAUCAGCACACAGAGCAUGCCGGGGACAGCUGUGCUGCGUGUCACUGCCCAUGACAAGGACGACGGGCUGCAUGGGAAAGUGGCCUACCACAUUGUCCUGGGGAACACACCUCCUCUGUUCUCCCUCAACAAGGACACGGGUGUCAUCUCCCUCUCAUGGUCCCUGAGCGGCAAAGCCAACACCCUGGUGCAACUAGUGAUCUCUGCACGAGAUGGUGGAGGCCUGCAGGCACAGCCAAAUGCCCGGGUGAACAUCAGCAUCGUGGAGGGCACGGUCUCACCCCCUGUCUUUGAGCAGGCUCAGUACUUCUUCACAGUGUCUGAGGACAUGCUGCCGGGUGCCAGUGUGGGGGCUGUCCGGGCCCAGAACCCUCCAGGUCAUGCUGAGGACAUCUUUUAUUCCAUCUCUUCGGGGGAUCCGCAUGGCUAUUUUUCCAUCGACUCUGGGUCAGGGCAGCUCUGCACCAGCCUGCCUCUUGAUCAUGAAUCUCAGGCAGUCCUCAUUCUGGAUGUCCAGGCCCGAAGUGGUUCACCCCCUGCCUAUAGUAACACACGUGUGAAAAUCUCUGUGUCAGAUGUGAAUGACAACGUGCCAGUGUUCCCAGCUCCCUCUGACUCUAUUCUGCUGCCAGAGGCCACAGAACCUGGGACCACGGUGUAUACUUUGCAGGCUGAGGACCGGGACAGCGGUGCCAAUGGUCAGGUGCAUUUCGAGCUGGUAUCAGGAGGCAAUGGCAUCUUCAGUGUGGAGCGCUCAUCAGGGGCAGUGCGACUGAUUGGGGCACUGCAGUAUGAAGCCAGCGCUGCCUAUGGGUUGGCCAUUGUGGCCCGGGAUGGAGGCAUUCCCCAGCUCAGCUCCACGUUCACGCUGCUGGUGCAUGUGCAGGCUGAGCAUGACAACGGGCCCAUCUUUGACACACUCACCUACCGUGUGGAGGUGCGGGAAGGUGUGCCUGUCUCCACCCGCUUCCUGCAAGUGCGGGCCCUGGCACGUGAUGCGGAAGCCACAACCCUUACCUACCACUUGCGUGCAGAUGGGGAUGCUGCCAGCUUUGGCAUUAUGCCUGAGAGUGGUUGGCUGUAUGUCAAAAGCGCGCUGGACCGGGAGAUGCGGGACCUGUAUGUGCUCACAGUACUGGCCUCAGCAGGAGGUAGUGGUGCAGGGGGAGAAGCCCGGAAAACAGGCACCAGCACUGUACGGAUCAGCAUCACUGAUGAGAAUGACAACAGCCCCCGACUGAGUGAGGAUCGCUACUUCUUCACCAUUCCCGAGAAUCAGGCUCCUGGUAGCAGUGUGGGGAGGGUGAUGGCGAGUGACCGGGAUGCCGGGCAGAACAGUCGGCUCACCUACCGCCUGCUCCAGCAUGAUCCCAACUUCCUUAUCCACACACAGACAGGAGAGCUCAGCACCAAACAUAGCCUGGACCGGGAGCAGCAGUCCAGCUAUCAGCUGUUGGUGAUCGUGCAGGAUGGGGGAGCACCACCCCGCAGUGCCACAGGAACAAUCUAUGUCACUGUGCUGGAUGAGAAUGAUAAUGCCCCUGCUUUCCUUCAUGUGGCCAGUGGUCAGGAGCUGCCUGUGCAGGUGCUGGAAGAGAAGCCAUCAGGACUUCUAGUUGCCUCCCUGCAGGCCAAAGACCCAGAUGAGGGUGAGAAUGGGACCAUCAUCUACUCGCUGACAGGAGCCUGGGCCGAGCGUUUCACAUUGCACGUGGCCACUGGAGAGCUGCGUACUGCCACAGUGUUACGCCGACUUGAUCGUGCUGAGUAUAUCUUCACUGUGACAGCCAGUGACCGGGGCACGGUGCCUCGCAGUACAUCGGCCGUUGUCCGCAUUCAGGUGCUGCCAUCUUCCCGGGUGCUACCACGGCCUGAUGCCACUGUGCUGACCCUGCACCCCCUCGAGGGGGUCAAGCCAGGGUCUGUGAUCGGCUCAGUGGCCCCCCCAGAUGCCCCUGUGCGGGGACAGCUGACCUACACGGUGGUAGGAGGUGGUGGGGAUGGCACCUUUGUGGUCGACAGUGUGACAGGGGAGAUCUAUGCAGCCAGGGAACUGGACUAUGAAGCUGGGGCACGGCACACGCUGCAGGUGAGCGCUGAGGACAUGCAGUAUGGUUAUCCCUCCAGCCGGCUGGUGCUGGUACAGAUCCACGUGCAGGACUGCAAUGACCAGGCACCCACGUUUCCUGAAGACCCCAUUACCAUCGUGGUGCCUGAGAACACCCAGGCUGGCUCGUCCAUCUUCACCUUCCAGGCACUGGACGGGGAUGGCGUGGGUCCCAACAGCCAGGUGCGCUAUGCCCUGCUGCGCCAGGAGCCACCCGGGGCCCCCUUCCAGCUUGACAGCCGCUCAGGGCUGCUGACCCUACGCGAGGGCCUUGACCGGGAGGCUGCUGCCUCCUUCCUCUUGGUGGUGGAGGCCAUGGACCAGGCCCGCAAUGUCAGUCAGCGCCGCUCGGCAGCUGUGACAGCCCGCGUGUUUGUGACUGAUGAGAACGACAACACGCCUGUGUUCCUCUCGCCUGCUGCUGUCAGCAUCAUGGAGGACCAGCCGACUGGGUUUGUGGCUCUGCAUGUGGUGGCCCAGGAUGACGAUUUGGGAGAGAACGGGCGUGUGAGCUACUCGUUGCGAGCAGGCAACAGUGACGGCCGCUUCCACCUCAAUCCCAGCACUGGUGCACUCUCCAUCGUGCGGGCUCUGAACCGGGAGGAGAUGGGGCAGCACAACCUGACCGUGGUGGCCACAGACCACGGCUUCCCACGCCGCUCGGCCACACAGCUGCUCUCUGUGCUGGUCCUGGAUGUCAACGACGAGGCUCCCAUUUUUGAGAGGCCCGAGUACGAGGCACAUGUCAUGGAGAACUUGCCAGCUGGCAGCCCUGUGCUGCAGGUGCUGGCCACGGACCAGGACCUGGGUGCCAAUGGGCAGGUGUCCUAUGGGGGUCUCUCUGGAGGGCCAUUCUCCAUCCACCCACAGACGGGGCUUAUUGUUACCACACAAGCACUGGACCGUGAGGAGCAGGAGCAGCAUGUGGUGAUGGUCUAUGCCCGGGACGGUGGCCUGCCUCCCAACCUCUCCAAGGCAACUGUGCGGAUCACAGUAGGGGAUGAGAAUGACCAUGCACCGCACCUGGAGAGUGAGUCCUGCUCCCUUGAGGUUCCUGAGAACCAGAGCUGUGUGGCACUCUACACCCUGCGGGCCACCGAUCCUGAUGGAGGCGAGAACGGGCGCUUGGAGUACCACGUGGCAGAUGGAGACCCUGGGCAGGAUUUCAGCCUAGACCCUGUCUCUGGCAUCCUCUCCACUGCACGUGCCCUCGACCGGGAACAAGUUGCUUCCUACAGCCUCACAGUGGUGGUGCAAGACCAUGGCACGCCACCACGCAGUGCCACCAUGUCAGUGAGCGUGCGGGUGCUGGACCUAAAUGACAAUGCACCUAGUUUUGCUCAGGCCACCUACACAGUGGAGGUGUCAGAGGACCUGCCCGUUGGCACCCUGGUGCUGCAGCUGGUCGCUCAGGAUCCUGAUGAGGGCACAAACGGGCAAGUCUCCUACUACCUGGGUAAUGAGUCGCUGGGCAUGUUCCAGGUGGAGCCACAGAGUGGGCGCAUCACAAGUGCCCAUGCCCUGGACCGGGAACGCCACCCCAGUUACAGCUUCCUGGCCAGGGCUGUGGACUCAGCACCAUGGGAGCCCAAGAGCGCAGCCGUGCGUGUCACAGUCACAGUACGGGAUGUCAAUGACCAUGCCCCUGCCUUCCUGCACAGCCCACUCACUGUCAACCUGUCCCGUCACACACCGCUCAAGCAGGUUGUGGCCACCAUGAGGGCAGAGGACAGGGACGCAGGUGCCAAUGCCUCCAUCCUGUAUCGCCUUGCCACCCCCAAUCCUGCCUUUGCCAUCAACUCCUACACGGGGGAUAUCCAACUGCUGCAGCCCCUUGGCUCGCUGCAGCCGGCACUCUCCUCCACUGGUGUGGUGGUGAUCCACUUGCAGGAAGAGCCCUACCGAGGGCUGCGCUUUCCCCGGAGCACCAGCGAAGUGGCUCUGCCAGAGAACGCUGCCCCAGGCACAGCAGUGGUGAGCAUCCAAGCUAUGCACACAGGGGGCUCGUCUGGGCGCAUCACAUACAGCAUCGUCAGUGGCAACGAGAAGAAUGCUUUCCUUAUCCAGCCGCUCCCAGGUGCCAUCUCAGUUCAGGACUCCAGCAGCCUGGAUUUCGAGGCCAGCCCCCGGCUGCGCCUUGUGGUUCAGGCAGAGACAACAGCUUCCUUCGGCUUUAUGGCCAUAAACCUUAACCUGCAAGACGUGAAUGACAACCUGCCACGCUUCCAGCUGCAGAACUACGUGGCCUUCAUCUGGGAGUCACAGAGCUAUGACUCCCCAGUCAUCCAGGUCCUGGCAGAUGAUUUGGAUCAGGGGGCGAAUGGGCAGGUGACUUAUGCCAUCAACCAGUCCCUGCCAAUGACAGGCUUGUACCACAUCGAUCCUCAGACCGGCACUAUCACUACAGCUGCCAUCCUGGACAGGGAGAUCUGGUCCCAGACCCGUUUGGUGAUAACGGCGAUGGACAGAGGGAUGCCUCCUCUUGUGGGCUCUGCCACACUGACUGUUGUGGUGAUGGACAUCAACGACAACAGCCCCACCAUCCCCUUGCCCUGGGAGGUGCGGGUUCCAGAGAACACGCUACUGGGCACCCAGAUAGCCCAGCUGACAGGGAACGAUGUGGACUCAGGCCCCACGCUCUCCUAUACACUUGUGCUGGAUGGUGAUGCCAUGGGCACCUUCAGUGUGCUGCGGUACGGGGGACACAUCGCCCUGACAGGACCACUGGACUAUGAACAGCGCAGCCACUACACCCUCACCCUGCGUGCCUCUGACACCCGCCACGAGACCGAGGCCAACCUGACCAUCGUUGUGGAGGAUGUGAACGACAACGCACCAACUUUCAGCCAGGGCUUCUACCAGGUGACGUUGCCAGAACACACACCUGCUGGCAGCACCAUUCUCACCAUCAGCGCCACCGACCCGGACUCGGGCAGCAAUGGGGAUGUCACCUACCACUUGGCCAUGCCCAGCCCUGACGUCGCCAUCGACCCCAGCAACGGGACCCUGUUCACCAUCCGGCAGAUGGAGUUCGAUGCCAGCCAGCCCACUUUGGACCUGGUAGUGGAGGCCCGCGACUGUGGCUCACCCAGCCUCUCAGCCUGGGCCACGGUGCAGCUCCAGGUGCUGGAUGUAAAUGACCACAGCCCCAGCUUCCAGGCGCCACGCUACAACACCAGCAUCCCUGAGGACCUGCGCCCAGGAACCACAGUGCUGAUGCUGGAGGCAGGCGACGCGGACCUCUCCCGGGAAAAUGCUGGCUUUGACUACACCAUUGUCAGUGGCAACGGUGGCAAUGCUUUCCAGGUGGAGAGCCGGGUGGCCUGGGCUGGGGGGCAUCUCCGCACACAGGGUGCCUUGGUGCUUGUGGAGCCCUUGGACUUUGAGGCCAUCCCACUCUACAACCUCACCGUGGCGGCCUCCGACCGGGGCCUGCCACAGCGCAGUGCCACAGUGCCUGUGCUCAUCACUGUGCAGGACAUCAACGACAACCCGCCUGUGUUUGCCCGAGCUGAGUACCGCACAGCAGUGAGUGAGAGCGCACCCCCUGGCACAGAGCUGCUGCGUGUGGUGGCUCAGGAUGCUGAUUCGGGGCCCCGCGGCCGCGUGCGCUACACCAUCAGCUCAGGCGACCAGCAUGGGGUCUUCCAACUUCAUGAGAGCACGGGGGCCCUGUGCCUGGCACGGCCCCUGGAUCGAGAGGCCCAGGCGCUGCAUGCCCUUGUGGUGCAGGCCACAGAUGGGCCGGGGGAGCACUUUGCAUUGGUGCCUGUAGCCAUUGAGGUGAAGGAUGUCAACGAUAACAAGCCCUACUUCCCAGUGGAGGUGCUGAGCGCCAGCAUGCGGGAGAACCUGCCACCUGGCACGCUGGUCACCACCCUCCGUGCUGUCGAUGCGGACACCGGCAUCUUUGGGGAGCUGCGGUAUGCAGUGCUGGAGCAGCCGGUGGGGGACCCUGGCGUGGCAGAGGGCUGGGAUGCGUUCGCCAUCAACAGCAGCUCUGGGGAGCUGCGCUCACGCCUCACCUUUGACUAUGAACGGGCCAAGGCCUUCCAGCUCCUGGUCAGGGCCACCGAUGCUGGCAAUGCCUCUGCCACUGUGACUGUGCGGGUGCUGGUGACAGGGGAGGAUGAGUAUGACCCCAUCUUCCUCAGCCCCUCCUUCAGCUUUGAGGUCCCUGAGGGUGCCCGCAAAGGACAGAGCAUCGGGCGGGUGCUGGCAACGGACGAGGAUGAGGGGGCCGAUGGUGUCGUGCUGUACUCCCUUGCAAAGCCCUCACCUUACUUUGCUGUCAACCAAACCACAGGCACCAUCUACCUGCGCAUGGACAGCCAACCCCAGGCCGGGGCUGGGCGUGCCACCCAGGCCGGGGCUGGGCGUGCCAAGAGGGAGCCACGUGAGAUGAGCCUGGAGGUGCAGGCACGCAGCCCCCUGCCCGCCUCCCGCUCGGCCUCCACGCAGGUCACCAUCGACGUCACGCACACAUCCUUUGGCCUGGCCCCAGACCUCAACCUGCUGCUGGUGGUGGCCGUGGCAGCUUCGCUAGGCGUUGUGGUGGUGCUGGCUGCCGUGGCCAUCGUGCUGGCUAUGGUACUGGCUACGCACCUGCACUCUGCCAUCCCGCCAGGCCUCGUGCACAGGGCACUCAUGGCCCUCUUUGUGCCCCACAGGCAGGUACUUGUCCCUGGAGCAGGCAGGUACUUGUCCCUGGAGCAGGUGCGGGACCUCAUCCAGCCAUCCCCAGCCACACUCAUGUCUGUGCUGAAGUGGCUGCAGGGCCAUGGCGUGGGGAGCUGCAGGAGCGUUAGCACCCUUGAUUUCCUGGAGUGCCGCAUGCCUGUGAGCACGGCUGAGCAACUCCUACCAGGGGCCGAGUUCCACCGCUACGUGAAAGGCCGACGCAGCGUUGUGCGCUCCCCGCUCCCCUACACUAUCCCCAAGGAGCUGGCUGAGCACAUUGACUUUGUGGGAGGUCUGCACCGGUUCCCUGCAGAGAGGAAGGUGAUCAGCAGAGCCUGGACCAAGAAGGACAAGGAGUCAAGGCAGCACCACAGAGGAGGAAGAGUGGCUUUCCAUCUGGGCGUGACACCCUUCAUCAUUCGUAAAAGAUACAACAUGACGGGAGGAGACAUUGGGUUACUGCCAAACAACAGCCAGGCCUGUGCCCAGUUUCUGGAGCAGUAUUUCCACCAGGCGGACGUGGCUGAGUUUAUGCAGCUCUUUGGCAGCAGCUUUGGCCAUCGCUCUCAAGUUGACCAGGUGGUUGGGCACCAGGGCUGGGGCAAGGCUGGGCUGGAGGCCAGUCUGGAUGUGGAAUACCUCAUGAGCACAGGAGCCAACAUCUCCACGUGGGUCUUCAGCAAUGCAGGUACUGAUACCUCCUCUGGUGUUGGUCUGGUUUGCUCUGCCCUGUGA